AUGGCAAAUCCUAAAAGUAACUCGUCCGAGUCACAUCAUCAUGAUCUGAAUGAUGAUGAUAUGGUUGAUGCUUCUAGUGUUAUGCAUGAGCAUGAUGAUGCCAACUACGAAGAUGAUGAUGAAUCAUUAAGAAGAUUAUCCCAUCAAGCUCAAAGAAGAAGAGGAAGUCUGCGUCCAAGUGAUGACAGCGUCUAUGAUACCACAAAUGAUGGAGAUGACGACAUCCAAUAUGUCGAAGAGGAAGAUGAUGAUGAUGAUGAUGAUGAAGAAAUCGAACCAGCUGAAUUCUUAAGAAGGAUCAUGGAUGCUAGUGUGGCCCAUAGUUCAAGAGGUCAUGGUAAUAGUGGUGGCAAUAGUAAUGAUGAUAAUGAAGAUGAAGAAGAAGAAGACGAUGAAGAUGAAGAAGAUGACGAUCAUUCCAAUCAUAAUUCAGAUCCAAGAAGUGAAUUCUUAAGAGCUAUUGGUGCUAUUCCAAGAGGUGGUGGUAGUGGUGCCGCUACAGCAGCUGGUUCUGAUAGAGCACAAGGUUUUGUGGAUGCUGUUCAACGUUUAAUGGGAGGUGGAAUCAUGUUUGGUGGUACAAUGCAAAGAGACACUCAAGAAAUGGAAGCUUUAAUUAAUAAUUUGAACCAAAGAGAUGAUACCUAUAUUAUACUAGAAACUCUUAAUGAGUUAUCGGAAAGAUUAUUAAUGAUGAAUGGUAUUACUGCCGAAAGAUUAAUUCCAGCCAAUAAAUUAGCUAAAAGUUUAGUCAACUUAAUGGUUGAUCCUGCAUUAUCGGAUGAAUUGGAAUUACAUUUAGUGGCAUGUCGUUGCUUAUAUAACUUUCUAGAAGUUAAUCAAGAUUUCAUUCAUGAAGCAUUAAAUAGUCAUGCUAUAGAAGCUUUAUGUGGAAAGCUUUUAGAAAUCAGUUAUAUUGAUUUAACUGAACAAGCAUUACAAACUCUUGAAAUGAUAUCUCGUGAUACCAUUGCUCAUAAUAGUAUUAUUGCCAAUGAUGGUUUAAGAGCUUGUCUUCUUUAUUUGGACUUUUUAACAAUUCAUGCUCAAAGAAAAUGUUUAGCCAUUGUUUCAAAUUCAUGUACUAAUAUAUCAGUAUCAAACUUUCUGAAAGUAAAGGACAUAAUAGAUAAUAUUUCAGAAGUAGUUCAAAAUCAUAAUGAUACAGUGGUGGUGGAAAAUGCAUGGUUAACUAUUUCAAGAAUAAUCAUCAGUUUUAAAUCAAAACCUGAAUUAUUAGAAGAAUUAUUCCUGCAAAAGGCGGUUUUAUUAAAAAGUUUAACUCAAACCAUAUAUUCCAGUUGUAAUAAAUCACUGAAUUCAGCAGCGGAUUCUGAUUCUUCAAAAGUUGCCUUAAACUACAGUUCAUGUCUAAGUCUUAUAAAAUCAUUAAUUAUAUUAAGUAGUGUAAGUGUUGGAAUCUCAAAUGUGUUAUUUACUGAAUGUUCCAUAGGAGAAAUUAUAGUCAAAUCAGUUAACAAAUAUUCAAAAACAAAGCAAAGAGAGUCACCGGUAAAUGGUGAUGAUUCUUUUAUGGAAAACAUUUCCCUGAUUUCAAUUGAAGCUGUAAUGGCAGCUCCAAAAGAAAUAGUUUCACAAUUUUUAAAUUUAAUAGGAUACCUUUUACCCAUCACUUAUGCUCCUUCAGAAACUCCAUUUUUAAAUGAAGGGUAUGAAUUUUUUGAAGAGAAAUCAAAAGUUAAUGCAUUACGUAUAGAACUUUGCCGAGAUAUCAUUCCUCAAGAUUAUGAAAGAUUUGUUAAUGAUGUUUAUUCAUUUUUAAUCGUUAGUUUCCAAUCUAGUAUGGAUUUUGAAAUUAGAAGAAAAGUAUUUAUUAACUUGUAUAGAAUCAUAACUUCUAGUUAUACCAAUAAUUUCGAUCCAAGUCAAGUGGAAUCAAUCUCAAACUUGUUAGCAUCGGUCGUUAACAAUUCCAAGGGUUCCAUUGCUCAUGAUUUUGCAUUGAUAUCUAAAAUUAAUGAAGUUCAAGAAGAUAUUGACAUGGCCAGUGAGGCUGGUGAUCGUGAUGAAGUGGAAGAAGAGGUGGUUCCAUUUAAUGAUGAUCAUAUGGAAGAAGACGAAGAGGAUGACGAAGAUAACGAGGAAGAUGAAGAUAAUGAUGACGAUGAAGAAGACGAUGAAGAUGAUGAAGAUGAUGAGGAAGAAAUUGAGGAUGUUAUUGAAGAAGACGAAGACGAUAUCGAUGAAAGCAACUCAAAUAAUAAUAGUUUUUCAAGACAAUCAAUUAGAAAAAAUUCCACUCAAGAUAAUUCAAAAUUAAAUUCGAAUGUCUUAUUAUUGAUGUCAUUAAAUAUUUCUAAAACUUUAUUAGAAAGAAAUCCAGUGGUAUUCAUCCAAGCAUUUGAAAGAGAAGGUUUAUUAAAUGAUGCCUUCAUUGUAUUGCAAAGUCUUAAAGGUAAAGUCGCUUAUGAAAAACCAGAAAGAUCAAGAAUGCACUCAUAUUCAUCAAGUUAUGCCAAUAAGUUCAUUGAUGCAGAAUUUACAAGAGACUAUGAGAUUGAAAUCACUAGCGAUAAAGUAUAUUUUAAUAUAGAACAAGUAUCUGCUACUAUUGAAAAUCUUUAUCGUGAUGCCAAAUUGACUGCCAAUUAUGAUAACAUUCCAAAACACAUGAAAAUUUUGGAGUCUGUGAUGAAAACCCUUGAUGAUCAUAAAUUAAUAAAGAGUUUUGAUUUGGGCCAUUGGAAAGAACUUUGGGAGACCUUAUGUUCGGCUCUUGAUGAUGCUGAUCAACUUUCAAGUUUUGAAUUAAUUUCAUGUGGAAUAAUUGAUUCUUUAGCUUAUAUUUUCACUAGUGAUAAUUUUGAUUUUGGAUUUGAAUUCAAUGAUUGUUACAGGUCGUUUAUAUCAGUAUUUUUUGGAGACAGAGAAAGAUCAUCAGUUCAAUUCCUUGUUUCUAAAUUACAAGAAGUUUUAACUCGUUGUGAAUCAUUUGAUAUCAUUUCUUCUGGAGCCAACCAAAGUGGUACUGGCGGAUCAGUAUAUCAUAGUGAAAAUCAAACCACAGUGAUGGCCAAGCAAAUUAAAUUAAAGUUAACUUCUGAUGAUGAUAAUAAUGAUAAGAAACUUCCUACUAAUAUGCAAAACAUGAUUUUAUCUGUUCAUGCAAUUGCCACUUUCAAGUCUGUUGACUCAUUCUUAAAGCAAAGAAUUAAAUUUGUUGAGAAUUUAAGCGAGCUUGGUAGAGUUGAUCCUUUAGGAUUCAGAGAAGAAGCUAUUCAAGAUGAUAGUAAAAAGAAUCCAUUAAAUUUAGAAUUCCUCAUCAAUGAAGAAGUUAUUCCUAAUGAGAUUACUAUUUACGGUGCAAUUUAUAGAUCACUUCAAACUCGUCCUGAUGAGAUUAUUGAUCCAUCAAGAAUUUGGAGUACAGUUCACAAUGUGACUUACAGGAAGGUCAGUUCUGAAGUAUCAAAAGAAAGUAAAUCAUUCAGUUAUAAAUUUAAUGUCAGUGAAGAUGAGCUAGAUGUCUAUGAUAAAACUACUAUUAGUGUUUUGAAAUUAUUAAAGGUACUUUUUGAAAUGAAUCAAUUUGUUAGGAAUAAUAUUCCAAAGGCAAACGUUAUAAGAGAAAGUGAUUUUAUGAAUUGGAAACUUACAGUGAAGUUAAAUAGACAACUUGAAGAACCAUUAGUUGUUGCUAGUGGAACUUUACCAGGUUGGAGUAUCCAUGUUACGAAACAAUUUCCAUUUAUAUUUCCAUUAGAAACUCGUAUCUUCUUUUUACAAUCUACUUCAUUUGGUUAUUCCAGAUUAAUUCAUCAUUGGCAAAUAAAGACAAACCAAGCCAUAGAAGAUAAUAAUGGUCAUGGUGGUAGUUCUAAUCAAAAUGUUCAAUUGGGUCGUCCAACAAGACAUAAGGUUAGAAUUUCAAGAAAGAUGAUAUUACAAAGUGCUGUUAAAGUGCUUGGACUUUAUGGAUCUACUCCGGGUAUUCUUGAAAUUGAAUAUUUUGAUGAAGUUGGAUCUGGUUUAGGACCUACUUUAGAGUUUUAUGCUACUAUCUCCAAAGAAUUUUCCAAGAAAAUGUUAAAAUUAUGGAGAGAUGAUGGUAAUAGUAGAGAUGUGGAAUAUGUAUCUAAUAAAUUAGGAUUAUUCCCUGCACCUAUGGAUAAACCACAAUUGAAUAGUGAUAAUGGUAAAAAAGUAUUAUACUUUUUCUCAUCAUUAGGGAAAUUUAUUGCCAGAGCAUUACUAGAUUCAAGAAUUAUUGACUUUAAUUUUAAUCCAAAUUUCUUAAAAUUAGUGCAAUCAUUUAAUUAUGGUAGUCAAAAGUCAGGAACUCGAAAUUUAAAGAAAUUAGCUAAUUUCGCUAGUCUUCGAUUAGUUGAUGCUGAAUUGGCCAAUUCUUUAGAACAUCUUUUAAAAUAUGUUAAACUUUUCCCCACUGUAAAUCAAAAGGAUAGAGAUUCAAUUAUGGUUGAUGGUGCUACCUUAAAAGAUUUAGAAAUUUAUUUUGAAUUACCUGGUUAUCCUGAAUAUGAUUUGAUGUCAGGUGGUAAGGAUAUUAGAGUUGAUUCUUCAAAUGUUGAAUUAUAUGUGGGUAAAGUUAUUGAAGCUACACUUUAUACUGGUAUUAUUCAUCAAACCAAAGCAUUUAUGGAAGGAUUUUCCAAAGUUUUCCCUAUUGAUUCAUUAAUUUUAUUUUCACCUAAUGAAUUAGUGGGAUUAUUUGGUAAUGCUGAAGAAGAUUGGUCAUUAGAUACUUUAACUUCAGCAGUUAAUGCUAAUCAUGGAUAUACUAAAGAAUCAGAAUCUAUUAAAUCAUUAAUUAGUAUUCUUGUUUCAUUUACUGAUAAUCAAAGAAGAGCGUUUUUACAAUUUUUAACUGGAUCACCUAAAUUACCAAUUGGAGGAUUCAAAGCUCUUAGACCUGAACUUACGGUAGUUAGAAAACAUGGAGAAGGAGGAUUAACUGAUGAUGAUUAUUUACCUAGUGUGAUGACAUGUGCCAAUUAUUUCAAAUUACCAAAGUAUUCGUCUAAGGAAUUAAUGAAAGAGAGAUUGUUACAAGCUAUUAAUGAAGGAGCUGGAGCAUUCUUAUUAUCUUAA